AUGGAUUCAAGGGAUCCUUCGAAUCCAUAUAGUGACUCCCCUAGUUAUAGCUAUCUUCUCCACAGUCAAAACUUCCAGUAUGGAAGUUUUCCUCCGAGUCAAAACUAUGGAGGAGGAUCGGAGAUACCUCCUUUUAGUUCACAAGCACCAGAGGCUCCUGCUCAACGUGAAAACCCAUCCGUUGCCUCUAAGGAGAGAAGGCAAUGGACUCCAGCUGAUGACGAGGUUGUAAUAAGUGCGUGGCUCAAUACAUCUAAGGAUGCUGUAGUUGGAUAUCAACAAAAAUCUGGGACGUUCUGGAAACGUGUAGCGGAGUAUUAUGCAUCUAGCCCACAUGCGAAAGCGAGUGGUGAACCUAGAGAGUGGCUCAAUCUUAAGCAGAGAUGGCAGAAGAUUAAUGACUACACCAACAAAUUCUGUGGUGCUUACGCGGCUGCAGAGAGACACAUCAGUUCUGGUCAGAGCGAGACUGAUGUCCUCAAGGCGGCUUAUGAUAUUUACUUCGCUAAUCAUCAAAGGAAAUUCAAUCUGGAGCAUGCGUGCUGUUUGUUAAGGUUUGAGCAGAAGUGGCUCAGUCUUAACACUCCUAAACCGAGCGGGAGUGGAAAGCGAAAGGCUGGAGAGGAAUGUUCGCAAACAUCAAGCGCCACUAUUGGUGAGCAAGAGGUGCGUCCAGAGGGUAGCAAGGCUGCUAAAGCUAGAAAGAAUAACACUCAAGGACUAAAAUCCAUUGAUGAGAUUAAAACCGUAAUGGAGUUGAAGAAGGAUGAUCUCAUGAGGAAGGAGAAUUUGUCGAAGCUUGCCAUUCUAGACACACUCCUAACUAAGCCAGGAACACUAAGUGAGGCUGAGGAAGUUGUGAAGAACAAGCUGCUCGCUCAGCUUUUCUGA